AAGUUUUUUAUACAACAUCGUCAGCAGCAGCGGCUGACUGGACGACUGCAUGUUGUGGUCUGUCAAAACUUUUUUGUUUAUAUGUAUGGAUUUCGUCAAUAUAUUCUUGUAAUUCCGGAGAACCAGGCCAGAUUGACAAGCCUCAUCAUUCAGAAGAGAUGACUUCAAUGGAAAGAAGAAUAAAACUUAAGACUUUAAAUAGCCAUAUCACUUGCAAAAUUUGCCGGGGUUACUUAGUAGAUGCCACAACAGUUACAGAAUGCCUACAUACAUUUUGCAAAAGCUGCCUUGUCAAACAUUUAGAAGAAAACAAUACUUGCCCAACAUGUACCAUUGUCAUUCAUCAAUCACACCCUCUUCAAUACAUCAGUUUCGAUCGAACCAUGCAGGAUAUUGUAUACAAGCUUGUCCCUGGAUUUCAAGAAAAUGAAAUCAAACGGGAAAAAGAGUUUUAUCGCCUCAGAGAUUUGCCCUAUCCCAAAGAUAUACCGAACUUGGGCUCUGAAGCUGAGACAGAAAAACCAUCUGCUAAUGGUGUUCCUGAGUGUGACUAUCAUCGCAUGGAUGAACAGGUUAACAUUGGGCUUGAAUGUGCUGCAAGUAAUUUGAAGACUUUAAAACGAAGAUUUGUUCGAGUUUCAUCACAUGCAACCAUAACUCACUUGAAAAAGUUUAUUGCAAAGAAAGUUCUGGAUGGCAUUGAAAAGUAUAGAGAUAUUGAUAUUUUAUGCAACGACGAAUUACUUGGAAAAGAUCAUACACUUAAAUUUGUGUAUGUAACGAGAUGGAGGUUUCGAGACCCACCUUUGAAGCUUCAGUACCGCCCAAGAAUAGACAUUUAGUUAAAUGUGCUGUAAAUAUUUUCACAGAAUAACAUAAGCAUUCAUCUUCAUGUUAUCUUGAGAUAAAUUGCAGAAUGUUUUCAUGACUGCUUAACAAAAUUAUUUUUCAAAGUCAUACUUGUUCAUUCUGUGAUGUUUAUCUAAUGAAGUUCACCUUUCAUGUCAUUUCGGUAUCAUUAAUCAUAAUGAAUUUGUAAUUGCCAAGCAAAUCUAUGCUUUCAGCUACAUUCAGGAAGUUGAAUGAUCCAAGUUUUAUAUCUUUUAUGUGGUUGUCAAUAGGUCUUCAUAGAUGUAUUCGCACAUCUCUCUAUGAAAGACCUGUCUAACUGAAAAAGUCUGUUCUAAUUCUAUUAGUCUAUUGUUUUCUUUUAUGUUGAUUAUUUCCUUAGAGUUUCAUGUUCUUUUCCAAUUUGGUUCUCUUAUUAAUUGCGUGAUAUGUGAAGUGUUACCAUUUCAUUUUCCCUCUGCUUUCAUAUAUGUAUAAUAAUUCCAAAACCUCAUUGUCUGGAUGCGGCUUUUCUGGAGUGUGCAACUUUGGUGAAACAUUUCAGUUGUUGAUUGAUUUUCUCUCUUGACUUUUUUUCUUACUUCAUAUUGUUUGAAUUAAUUUGAACACACAUUUCUUUGAUAGUUUUUCUGACUAGUUUUAUUUCCUUGUCAGGUUUAAAAUGGCUUUGCAUUAGUUGUUUAGGUCAAUGGACUGAUGAUGUUUUUGGACCAAUUUCUGUUCUUGCUGUUCAACUUUGUCUCACAGUGUUUAUUUGUCGGUUUCCUAAUUGGCAAGCCUGUAUACAAAUUUGAGUGUGUGAAAAUACUGUGCUGUAGCUGCUCAGUAGAACAGAAUGAUCGUAGACUGUUCUUUAUCUUAUCUAUAUGAAGUAAUGUCUGCUAGAAUUGUUUGGAUUCAACUGUUUUUCUUUUGUCUCUAGUCUCUGCUCAGAUGAUAAAUGUGUCAUCAAAUAUUUUGUGGAGAAACCUUGAUUUCAUUAAUUGCUUGAUUAUAAGGAAAAUCUUUGGAAGGUUCUGUUGGUUGUGUUCAAAUUUCCAAUUGUUUAUCAUCAGUUAAUUUUUAUCCAUUUUGAUGGAUGAGUAUUAGUUGUUUAUCAUUUCACUCUCACAUGUCAUUUAUCAUUUUAUUUGUUGCAGAAGACAAAGUCUGUGCGUGUGCUAUUCAAUUUUUUUUAGAAAGUAGUGAAUUAUUGUGAUAUUACCCCAAAUUGAUGAACAGGGAACUCAAAUGCAUUUUCUAUUUUUAUCAUCAAAGUUUAAGUUAUUUCACAAGAGAUUCUUGUUCUUGUUUAAGUAAUUUUUUUUUUUGUUUUUAAGUAAUUAUUUGAAGGUUUAUGUAGCUCUAUUGAUGUAAAUGUACGGUUUCAUCUAAUAAGCUAAUUUAUUUACAAUCAUGAGUAUGUAAAUAAAAUCCCUCUGGUUAAUUA